UGAGAAUUUGAGCUGCAGAACCCACACUCCCUGGUAAGCACAAGUCUGGCCACUUUGCGCCAUGGAAUCGUCUUUCUCCUUUGGAGUGGUCCUUGCUGUCCUGGCCUUCCUCAUCAUCGCUGCAAACGUACUAGUGGCUGUGACUGUGCUGUGGUUGCUCCACAGAAGUGAAACUGUGGGUCUCUGCUUCACCUUGAAUCUGGCUGUAGCUGACGCCUUGAUUGGUGUGGCUAUCUCCGGCCUAAUCACAGACCAGAUCUCCAGUCCUGCUCGGCCCACCCAGAAGACACUGUGCAGUUUUCGGAUGGCAUUUGUCACUUCUUCCUCGGCUGCCUCUGUCCUCACAGUCAUGCUGAUCGCCUUUGACAGGUACCUUGCCAUUAAGCAGCCCCUCCGCUACUUCCGGUUCAUGAAUGGGCUCGUGGCUGGGACCUGCAUUGCCGGGCUGUGGUUGGUGUCUUACCUCAUUGGCUUCCUCCCACUCGGAGUCCCCAUGUUCCAGCAGACCACCUACCAGGGGUCUUGCAGCUUCUUCUCCGUGUUUCACCCUCGCUUUGUGCUGACCCUGUCCUGCGUUGGUUUCUUCCCGGCUCUGCUCCUCUUUGUCUUCUUCUACUGUGACAUACUCAAGAUUGCCUCCAUGCACAGUCAGCAGAUCCGAAAGAUGGAACAUGCCGGAGCCACGGCUGGAACUUACCGGGCCCCACGUACUACCAGUGACUUCAAGGCUAUCCGCACUGUGGCUGUUCUCAUUGGGAGCUUCACUCUAUCCUGGGCCCCCUUCCUUAUCACUGGCAUCGUGCAGGUGGCCUGCCAGGACUGCCACCUCUACCUAGUGCUGGAACGGUACCUGUGGCUGCUUGGUGUAGGCAACUCCCUGCUCAACCCACUCAUCUAUGCCUGUUGGCAGAAGGAGGUACGGCAGCAACUCUACCAGAUGGCCCUGGGAGCGAAGAAGGGGCUCACCUCACUCCUCCUUUUCCUUCUCUCUGCCAAGAAUGGUGGCCCCGAGGAACCCAGGGAAAGUUCCUUCCACAUCGUCACUAUCUUCCACCCAGAACUGGAUGGCUAAGACGGUGAGAGCAGGGAACCUUCUAAUUUCCUCCCCUUCCCUUUUUUUCAACCUCUACUGGGAGAUGAGAUGAAGC